AUAGACAUACACAUACACAUACACAUACACAUACAUAUAAAAUCAUAAAUCAUACUAGAGCAUAAAACGGAACCCUUUCAUCUCAUCAUGGUGUGGGUUAGCCAGACCGUCGACGUUCUCCGCGAUUCCUUUGCGGAUGACCGAGUUCGACUUUCCCUGCUGGCUGCGACAGGGGCCUCAUUAACGGUGGGGCUCUUGCUGCGUUCCUUUCUCUCCGACAAGUGUCCGCAAGAAUCUGUACUCCGUUGCCCCCGAGCGGUUGUCUCGUCCUCCCGGUCGGAGACGGAAAAUGGUGAGAUUCCAUUGCCAACCGAUGUACUCCCGGGAGCGCGUGAUGUAUCGACUCCAUAUGGAUCGAUGCGGGUGUAUGAAUGGGGCCCAGUUGAUGGGCCCAAAGUGUUGUUCGUCCACGGGAUCACAACGCCUUGCAUUGCCCUAGGCGGAGUGGCGCAUGCUUUGGCAGAGCAAGGCUGUCGAGUUAUGCUGUUCGACUUGUUUGGAAGAGGCUACUCUGAUUGUCCGUCUGACCUCCCUCAAGAUGAUCGACUCUUUGCGACUCAAAUAUUGCUUGCCUUGAACACGUCUUCAGUUUCCUGGACAGGAAUCGGCUCUGGUAAAUUUUGUCUGGUUGGCUACUCCUUAGGAGGCGGCAUAGCUGCGUCCUUUGCAUCGUUCUUCCCUCAGCUACUUUCUUCACUGGUUUUACUUGCCCCGGCCGGAUUGCUUCGCGACUCUCAAAUCAGCUUUCAGUCACGUCUUCUUUAUUCCCGCGGUCUCAUCCCUGAACGUGUUCUAGGGUUUCUUGUCGGCCGUCGUCUCCGUGCAGGCCCACUAACAACCCCGAAGCCCAAAAAUGAGAAGAUCAGCGCUGCAGAUGCAUUGACCGAGGAACUUCCCUCGCAGAAUGGUACCACCACUCAACUGCUGUCUCGGGCGUACCCGCAUGUAACUGUGCCCGGGGCUGUUAAAUGGCAGGUGAAUCAUCACGCUGGCUUCGUCCAUGCUUUCAUGUCAAGCAUGAGACAUGGCCCGAUAUUGCAACAGCGCCAACAGAAAUCGUGGGAGCGCCUUGGGGGAUUCCUAUCUGCUCAGAGCAAGCUUUCACCUGAAGAGCAGCGUAACAAUGGGCUUCCAAGUGAUAAGGUACUUAUUAUGUGUGGCGAGCAUGACUCGAUUAUCGUCAAGGACGAACUCGUCCCAGAUGCUACUUCGGCUCUUCAAGGAAACGUGGAAUUUAAAUACUUCAAUGCGGGGCACGAAUUCCCGAGUACAAAAUACGACGACGUAGCACAAGCCUUAAUGGAGGUGUUACAUUGAUAGCUGUCUCGCAGCUGGACUAUUUGACAGGAAAAACCGUCCGUUCCCUUUGGCCUGAAGGGCCUGUCGUUUGUCCCGAGUAUGUGCCCUUGGUAUAGUUCGGUGGACUGGGGUUCUGUCAUGAUUAUACAAUCUAAUAGACUUGUACAUAGAACACCCUUUGUGGUCCCUUCGG